AAGGAGAGUUGUUCCCCCGUGCAGUUCAAACUGGGCGACCAUCGGCAGUUUCUAUUCCAACUGAUUAACAUAACCCCACCUUAUCAUUCGCUUCUCAUCCAGCUGCGUCUCUGCGACUUGCAGGGUCCGCGACAGCAAGAACAAUGAGUUUCACAGGAAUGCUUAGCCGGCUGCAAGGCCAACCCGAAAGCUAUGAUAAGAAAGCAAAGUACCGGUUCGGCAAGACACUUGGCGCUGGCACCUAUGGUAUCGUUCGAGAGGCAGACGGGCCCAACGGCAAGGUUGCCAUCAAGAUCAUCUUGAAGAAGAACGUCAAAGGCAACGAGAGAAUGGUUUACGAUGAGCUUGACAUGCUUCAACGCCUCAAGCACCCCCACAUUGUCCGUUUCGUCGACUGGUUCGAAUCGAGAGACAAAUACUACAUCGUUACGGAACUCGCUACUGGCGGAGAAUUGUUCGAUCGAAUCUGCGAACAGGGCAAGUUCACAGAGAAGGAUGCUUCACAGACUAUCAGACAGGUUCUCACUGCUGUCGACUAUCUACAUCGCAACAAUGUCGUCCACCGUGACUUGAAACCUGAGAAUCUCCUCUACCUCAGUAGAUCACCCGACUCUGACCUAGUACUUGCCGACUUUGGUAUCGCAAAGAUGCUGGACACUAAGGACGAGGUACUCACCACCAUGGCUGGCUCUUUCGGCUACGCGGCGCCCGAGGUGAUGCUGAAGAAAGGCCACGGCAAGCCUGUGGACAUGUGGUCCAUGGGUGUUAUCACUUACACCCUCUUAUGCGGUUACUCGCCGUUCAGAUCCGAGAACCUGCAAGACCUCAUCGACGAGUGCAGCAACGCCCAGGUCGUUUUCCAUGAGAGGUACUGGAAAGAUGUCAGUGACGACGCCAAGGACUUUAUCUUGCGCCUCUUGCAACCCGAAGCGGAAAAAAGAUCCACAAGUCUGCAAGCAUUGAAUCACACCUGGCUCAAGGGCGAGACUGCCACGGACCACAACUUGCUGCCAGAGAUCAAGGCAUACAUGGCCAAGGCUCGUCUCAAGCGCGGUAUCGAGAUGGUCAAACUCGCCAAUCGCAUUGAAGCGCUCAAGAUGCAAGAGGACGACCCAGAAAACCCCGACUUUCCAGCUGAUGCCAAAACGGCUGCUAAGCAAGCUACGACCGAAGCUGGUUCAUCUGAACCAGCCAAGGAGAAGAAGUCGCUUAGUCGCAUUGCAAAAGGCGCCAUCUUCCGCGAGAUUGUCCUGGCAAAAGUGCGAGAGAUGAAGGACCAGGAACAAACACUAAAAGUGAAGGAAGAUGCCGAAAAUGAAGCACGUAGGAAGAGCUUCAACGAGUCUCGGGAUUCAGCUUAGGAGAAGCCAUGAGGAUAUUCUUUGUGUAACGUGGGGAAUGUUGCUCCACAGAUAGGAAAGAGAGCAGUACCAGAGUGGGAACUGCUAAGGACAAAUACCCAAAGGUGCAAUCUCAGCAUGAUGGGCACAUGGUGAUAGCCCAGGAGGCGUUAUACAGACGCAGAUUUCUGCUGAAGCGGUCCGGAAGAUUGUGACACUUUGUCAUUCUUGAAAUAACAUUCGAUUCGUUGAGCAUUUCUUUUUACGGGUAGUCGUCUGGGCGUUAGAUGCUAGGGAGUCUUGCUUUGAGCUGGCAUUCGCAGAAUUCCUUUGCAAUCAGAACAUGAAUCGUCAUCCCACUAUCUUGCAAGCCGAAUUCUAUAGCAACGCGUAUUGUGACAUUCCGCAUAAAACCAUGUCCUAGCCUCACGUAAUUCUAUAUGCUUUCCACGGAGUGUUACCCUGCUGA